AUCAGAAUAAAAUCCAUCUCGAAAAUCAAUCAUGUAUCUCUUGCUAUUUCGAAAUGGGUUUCGCACUAUGCUUUCCCGAUUAGCCGCUGUCUAGACAGAAUAUUUCGAAUGAUUAACAUUUCUUCUCAAUGCUACAUUAUGGAAGGAAACUAAGUCUAGUAUAUUAUUUAUCCUGAUUAAUGGGUCAAUUUUAAGUGGCUGUUGCAUAACAAUAUGAUAUAUAUUUUUGUUUUGUAUAAUAUUUAGCAUGUUUCAAUGUAUUAUUUACUUUUGACUUCAUCACGCAUCACACGUAGCAUGCAUAUUCAUUGGGAAGCUAUGUGAGUUUUUCUGGGUUUACGACAGAGUGGUGCUCUUGCGUGAGCGUGAAGGAAAUGGUAGCAAGAUGGCGGCGUUGAAGGAGGAGCAGUGCUACGGACUGUCCUGUGGACGAGUGAGCAAUGGCAGUAAUGUCUCCGUCUUUCACGUUAAACUAACUGACAGCGCCUUGAGAGCAUUUGAAGGUUAUCAGAGCAGCAAGGGCCUGUCAUCACAACCUCUGAUCCGAUUUACUGGAAAUCAAGGGAAAAUUGUAAUACCACGGUCAGAAAAUCCAAAUGAGCUGCGCACAUUUACUUUCUACUUGUCCAAUGUGGGUAGAGACAAUCCACAGGGCAGCUUUGACUGCAUCCAGCAGUACAUCACCAGUGAAGGCAGCAUUCAGCUGGACUGCCUGGGUGGAAUCCAGGACAAGAUCACUGUGUGCGCCACGGACGACUCCUACCAGAAGGCCAGGCAGAGCAUGGCUCAAGCGGAGGAGGAGACUCGCAGCAGGGGUGCUAUCGUCAUCAAGCCUGGGGGGAGAUACGUGGGUAAGAAGGUGCAGAUCCGGAAACCGGCGCCUGGCCUGUCCGACAUUGCUCCAUCACGGCGGACGUCACGACCCGUCAUCAUCUCCAGUAGCACUGUGAAGAAAAGCACGGCACAGCAGAGGCCCCUGAGGGAACGCCUCACCCACCUGCUGGCCCUCAAACCCUACAGGAAGCCAGAGCUCAUUUUGCGCCUGCAGAAGGAUGGCCUCUUGCCCUACGACAAGGAUUCUCUGGACAGCCUCCUGCAACAGGUGGCUAACCUAAAUGGGCGAGACAACACCUUCACAUUGAAGGACUCGUUGUUUAAGGACAUACAGAAGGACUGGCCCGGAUACAGUGAGGGAGACCAGCAACUUCUAAAGAGGAUCCUCGUUCGGAAAAUGUGUCAGGGCCAGAGUCAGACUCCGAGCACCACCACCUCAGUGGCUCCUCCACCUCCGGUCGAGCUGCCACUCUCAAUGAGCCCUCCUAAAGAGGUAGCCAGCAGCUCCCCUUCACAGAAACGGCCAGCUGCAGAUUUCAUCGACCCUCUGGCCAACAAAAAGCCAAGGAUAUCACACCUCGCCAACAAGGCAACAGGCCCAAUAAAUGGCAAGCUAAGCUCGUCCAAUGGGAAGGAGGCAAGUGGGGCUGUGGUUUCGGCGGUGGGAGACGGUGUGGCGGCCAGCUCUCAGCUCCCCCUGCUGGACAUCCCCCGGCCCUUCGACCCACUCUCUGACGUCAGCAACGACUCGAGCCAUAACGGCCGGGACUGUGAGGGCCAGGAGGCUGCCGUGGCCGAGAGGUUGAGCCAGCCAUCGGUCUUUUCUGGGCCCGCAACGUUGUCCGUUCCAGGGCUGGGGCCCUCCUCACCCAGACACACAGGUCUUGAAGGACCCCAAGGCAAGAGCACCUCGCCCUCCCUGCAUGGCAAGUCCAAGAAGAAGUCCAAAAAACACAAAGACAAGGACAAGUCCAAGGAGAGGGAACGAGAGCGGGAGAGAAAAGGAACAGAGGAGCGUGUUCCUGAGCCAAGGAAGACCUUUGAGAUCUGUACUUCCAGCUCUGAAAACCUGAAGGGCAGUAGUAUUCCACAUAGGAGCACAGAUCGCAAUGGAAUGUGCAAUAACAUCAGUGUUCCUUCGUCAUCGACUGAGAUGGCCGACUAUUUAUCGAAGUAUACAGUGAUUGGCUCCUCUGAGCAGCGUCAGACUUAUAAGAAUGACUUUAAUACUGAGUACAGUGAGUACCGGGACCUCCAUGCUCGGAUUGAGGGCAUCACCCGGCAAUUUACUGUGCUUGACUCUGAGCUUAAGCAGCUCCAGCAAGGCACAGAGAAGUACAAGACAAUCCACAAUCAGAUAUUCCAAGAGUAUCGUAAAAUAAAAAAGACUAAUCCAAAUUAUAGCCAAGAGAAGAACCGCUGUGAAUAUCUACACAACAAACUGGCACACAUAAAGAAACUAAUAGCAGAGUAUGAUCAACAGCAACUUCAAAACUGGCAUUAGAUGGACUUUGUUUUCUCUCUUCUCUCUGGAAACCAGAAAGAAAGAGAAACUCUGGAUUCCGCUCUAAAAGUACUUAUUAAAGAUGCCAUGAAGGGAGUGUUCCCCUCAUUGGGGCCAAAAGCACUAGUGAGGACAAAGCAGACCACAUGAUCUUUUUUUUCUUUUUUGAAGAUGUGACUGUGGCAUGUUUGGCCAGAUCUGUGUAGCUACACUGCAUCCGGAAAAGUGUUGUGUGGCAUUUGUCAUACUCUCAGCCCCCCUUAAUGCACAGAGAUCUCUGAAAGAGUAAAAAUGGAAAAUCCAUAUACUUUGGAGAUCUCCAAACAGCCUUUCCUGGUUUGUAGAUGGGGUGGUGGUAGUGACACUGAAAUGGAGAUGGCUCAUCUUAUGCCAAAUGCAAAUAGUUUGAGAACAGAAAGUAAUGUAUGGAUUAUAUAAUAUCAAUUUUUCCCUUAUAUUGAAAUGGAAGGUUCUGAAGGUAAACUCUAUUUAACUAUGUUUUCAUUUUUAAUUUAUUCUUUUCUUUUUGAACUUCCAUAGGGGUAACACGUUCUGUUAUAAUUUUACACUCCUCAGUAUCAGUACUACAAAGCAGUGUCUCUUGUUCUUUUCGUCACAUCUUGAAUGUCUGCCAGUAUUUUAUGCAAAAGCUGCCUUGGCCAUCAAAUUGUCUAUUUGUUGCAGUUCAUAUUUUUUUUUUUUCUUUUAAAGAGACAACUAUCCCCAUUGAUUAAUAAAGACAACGCUAUAAAUAUUCCAAUCGGGCACAGCUGCCUAUGUUUGGCUUUUCUUACAUCUUCUUAAUUUCUUAACUACUAGGAUAUCAUGUAAGGGCAGUGCCAGCCUUGUGAUAGGAUCUUAAUGAAUUUUGAUGGGUUAACCCACUGGGAAAGCAUUUUUCAUGAUCAGUCAUGGCAAACUGUAGUUAUUGUUUUUUUUUUUUGGUAUGGUUACAGUGAUGGUACUUGGCUCAUGCCCAUUAUGCUGUUGUACAAGGUUGUCAGCCAUAUGGUUGUCUUCCCUACUCAAUUGUUAAAAAGCCAGCUCACUAUGAUGUCAGUAGACUUAAUUUGCCAGACUCUCUCCUCAUGUACAUAUCAGACAAAUUGGAUCCUUGUAUUACCUAAAGCAGGCAGGAAAUAUGAAAUAAUCAAAGCUCCUCCAAAAUCAUAAUGCAUUUUUUGAUAUAAUUUGGAAGAUGUUAGUAUACCUUAUGCAGCAGCUUUGACCAUUGUAACGUUGCUAUGUUUACAGUGUAGUCUAACUUCCAUUUAAUUCAUGCAAACAAUUUCUUCUUAAAGAAGGGUUUCAUUUACAAUAUCUAGUGUUUGUUCAUCAACAUGAUUGUCAAGAUGACUGUUAUCCCAAGACCAGCCUCACCUAUCUUCCAAGUGGAGUGGAUGACUUAUUAUCCUUGUAUAUCUGCCAGUCAAAAGUACUUGAGCUCAUCAAUGUUUUCUGAAAACCCCUGAAAUUACCAGAAACACUGUUCUUGUCAUGAAGACUACCUGAAGUCCCUGUUCAGUAAUUUUUGGUCUAGUCAACUAAUGCAUUUGUAAUAUGGACCAUUUGUAUGUUAUUAUAAGUAAUUGGCACUUUUUCAACAAAUCUCACCUUUACUUUUAACUGACCUUGUCCAAUUGACACAUGUCCCUUUUUCCAUCAGGAUGGGCUUCUUGAAUGUUACAAUGAUCAGUAUUUGUAUCUUUAUUUGAAACAGCUGCCCAAGAGCAUACAAAUCCAAGCAAAGGCUUGAUUAAACCUCUGUGGAAACUAUUUGAUAGUGUUCUGACCAGCAUUAACACCAAAACAUGCUCUGCCUGGAAUCAAGGAAAUUUAUUUUUUAAAACAAAUCAGUAUUUUGUACUUACCCUGACUUAAGAAAAAAUGUUUUUGUUUGAACAAUGCAAUUAAACAGUAUUUCCCAAUGGAAAUUCAUCAAGCCUUUGGUUAUGAUAUGAGAAGGGCUCUUUUUCACUUCAAAUGGGAUAUGCAUGCCUCCGCUCAGAUAUUUUAAUGUAAUGUAGGUUUACUGUAUCACCUCCUGAAAUCAGAACACUACACAACAUGGCCUGCUCUGAGUUUCAUUCGUCGCAAUGCUGAUUACUAGGGCUGACUGAGAUUGCCUAUUUAAAAAAAAAAAAAAAAGCAGAUGCCGGUCUUUUGAAUGUUUUGUGACCAGAAUCAAUUCUCAGUAUCACCCAGUACCCUUUAAAUGAUAUGUGACUUUUCACUGGCCUCAUUGUGAGUUGUUUCGUAGAGACAUUCUGAUAUGAUUACUGUAUACAUUUCUCAUGCAGUCAAACCCAGUUUGACUAUACUCUUCAUCAAUAAAGAUGGUAAAGGCAUAUGUGCA